AUGGAUCCUAUGCUUCCAUCUCCGAAUCGUGGUCGCAGUUUUGGGCAAAAACCAUAUAGAGGAGGUGGAGCGAAUUGGAGAGGAUCAAACACAAGCGAACGUCAGCAAUAUCCGAGUCCAUACCAGGACGUUCGCAGUAACCCCAAUGGUUGGUCCGAUCCGCGGUACUCGUUCGGUCGUGGCAAUCAACACCAGUCCAACCGUUGGCAAGGCAGACAAUCUUACGGAACUCCUCGAACUCAUGCUUCAGGAUCCUAUAAUAAGAAGCAAUUUGAACAACGAAAGGAGGCGGAUAUCCGUGCUUAUGUGAUCCCAGCAAUGACAGGCAAUCCCUGGAAACACCUGGAGGAACAACGAAGCGCCGAAGGUAGUUCAGCGUGA